AUGCCUUCUACCGCAUACUCUUCCACUCCUCCCAAAAUCACGCUGGCCUCGCGCGAAGGCGAUGCCGACUACAAGGCACCAAUCUUUCCACUAGGUCCCUUCACUAAAUACUCUGGCAACCCUCUGCUCGUUCCAAACCCAGUCAACGAGUUUGAAUCGGCAUACAUCUACAAUGCUGCUGCCAUUGUGUUGGAUGACACAGUCUUUCUGCUCUACCGGGCGCAGAACGCCGCCAAAGUCUCCACAAUUGGACUAGCUUGGUCCUCCGAUGGCUACGAGUUUACACGCCUGGAUCGUCCGAUCCUUGAGCCUAGCGAGCCAUGGGAAAUGGGCGGCGGUGUCGAAGAUCCUCGCAUAGUACGCAUCGACGGGGUCUUCUACAUGACCUAUACCGCGUGGGACUUGAAGGUGCCAAAGCUCUGCCUUGCAACAUCCACCGACCUGGUACACUGGGAGAAGAGAGGCGGGCCACUGUUCCCGGAUUUCAUUGAUGUCGACGACGCUCUGGACGGGCGUAUCAAAGUGCGCUUUGGUCACUCCAAGUCCGGCGCAAUCUUCCCCGAGAAAACGGCAGACGGCAAAUUCAUGAUGAUCUUCGGCGAGGCAUAUCUCUGUGUGGCGGAGAGUGAGGAUCUGAUCAAUUGGAAAGCGUGGCCUUUCAAUGAGUACUUUGCAAGGGGAGUUCAUGACUGGGAGAAUCGACUGUUGGAACCUGGUCCGACCCCAAUUAAGACUCGAGAUGGUCGGUGGAUUCUGGUAUACAAUGUUGCCACGAAGGGUGCUUCUGGGUUCCACUUCAAUCAGUACUCCAUUAGCCAGAUGUUGAUCGACCUUGAGAAUCUUAAAGAUGGCCCGCUGGCUCGCCUCGACCGCCCGUCAGUUGUUGUGUCGGCGAAGAACGAGCAUCUUGGACAGGUCAAUGAGGUCGUCUUCUGCGAAGGAAUGGUUCAGUUCAAGGGGAAGUGGUUUAUGUAUUAUGGACAGGGAGACAGUGAGCUUGGAGUCGCGACAGCUGGGGUCCAGCCAUGA